UGAGGUUAUAUAUAAGGGGUUGGAAGAAAGCAAGAUUGAAGCAAUUUCGUUAGAAAAAGUUUGAAUAGAUAAAGAGGUACUACGUACCUGGUUGCAGCAACCUCGAAGCUAGUUCAAACUAGUGGGAGGUUGUGUGCAGAGAAAGCGCACAUCAAUGGCUCGUGGAAGAAUUCAGUUGAAGAGAAUAGAGAACCCGGUUCACAGGCAAGUUACCUUCUGCAAGCGCCGAGCUGGGCUUCUCAAGAAGGCUAAGGAGCUCUCUGUCCUUUGCGACGCUGAAAUUGGCCUUGUCAUUUUCUCCGCUCAUGGCAAGCUCUAUGAACUCGCCACUAAAGGAACCAUGCAAGGAGUGAUAGAGAGGUACAUGAAGUUUACUGGGGCGGCUCAGCCUGAAGAACCACCAACUGAACCGCAUCAUCAUCCUCUUGAUGCUAAAGAGGAAGCGGAUGUUCUAAAACAGGAAAUUGACACAUUGCAAAAGGGAAUCAGUUAUUUGUUUGGAGGAGGAACUGGGACAAUGACAAUCGAUGAUUUACAAAUCUUAGAGAAGAAUCUCGAGACUUGGAUUUAUCAAAUUCGCUCAAUGAAGAUGAACCUCAUGUUACAAGAAAUUCAAGAUUUGAGAGACAAGGAGGGUACACUCAAAGCAGCAAACAAGUUUCUCCAUGAUAAGAUUUUGGAGAAUACAACUGCAUUUACUAACUUUGCUCCAUUUGCUACUGACUCAACUUACCCACUAACUAUACAAGAUGGGAUUUUUCCAGCUCUAGGAAAUGUACUUGGUUAAUCAAAAUUGUUAUGUCAUAUAUAUGUUUUAGUGACUUAUUAAAGAACUAGAUGAAUAUUAAUGUGGUGUAUAAUUACUUAGACAUUAUUGAAUAAUGUUGUAUGAACAAUAUAUAAGAUUUGCCCAGUGGUGUAUGUAUGUGCAACAUUGUGUUGUU